AGGAGUUUUCAGCGACCGCCGCCGAGCUGUGAAGGACUGCGUUUUUAAUUACAUCCAAACUCGCUCGGAUAUUUGAAUAUGCGCAAGUGUUCAGCGGGGACCUGAAUUCCGACUAGUUGCUGGGAGGCGAGCGGCGGGAGAGAGAGAGAAGAAAACGUAUUAAUUCAGCGGGAAUGCGGGGAAUUAAAUAGAGACUUAGGCAAUUUUGUGCGGCUACGAGCUCUGCAGCCCAUCCUGAGACGACACGAAAAACUUGAGUCCCACUUUCAGCCUACUUCAGCGUCCACGUCUGGAGUUGUAAUGUCUUGAACUGGUGGCCCCUCUAGCGCAGUAAAGGACGUGCCAGUGCCGGGCUGCUGCUAAUGGGAACUCCUGCUCCGCCAUGAGUGCUCGUGAUGGCGUUGGUGGCGUGGGCACCCUGGGCCGGCGGCCGCGCUUUGAGAACUCGGAGUUCACUUUACGCAUCUACCCAGGCGCACUGGCCGAGGGUACCAUCUACUGCCCUAUCAGUGCCCGCAAGUCCACCACAGCUGCUGAGGCCAUCGAACAUGUCAUUGAACGCCUGCAGCUCGACCGUACCAAGUGUUAUGUUCUAGCUGAGGUGAAGGAGUUCGGUGGGGAAGAAUGGAUUCUGAACCCCAGCGACUGUCCUGUGCAGAGGAUGAUGCUCUGGCCCCGUGUGGCACUGGAGCACCGCCCACUGUCUGGAGGCGAGGAUUACCGCUUCCUCCUUAGACAGAAAAACCUGGAUGGGUCGAUUCACUAUGGCGGCAGCCUCCAGAUGUGGCUGCAGAUCACAGAAGAGCGCAGGCGCAUGGUGGAACGUGGACUGUUGCCACAGCCUGAAUCUCAGGGUGACCAGGCAGAUCUGUGCGGCCUGCCGGAGCUCAACGAGCGCUCGCUGCUGGACAACCUGCGCUCACGUUUCCGCCAGGAAAAGAUCUACACUUACGUUGGAAGCAUCCUCAUCGUCAUUAACCCAUUCAAAUUCCUGCCCAUCUACAACCCCAAGUAUGUGAAGAUGUAUGAUAAUCAUACGCUGGGAGAGUUGGAGCCACAUAUUUACGCCGUGGCGGAUGUGGCUUACCACACCAUGCUGCAGAGACAGAGGAAUCAGUGCAUUGUUAUAUCUGGGGAGAGCGGCUCUGGGAAGACGCAAAGCACAAACUUUCUCAUUCAUCAUCUGACCGCUCUCAGCCAGAAGGGUUUUGCCAGUGGAGUGGAGCAGAUAAUCUUGGGGGCAGGACCAGUGCUAGAGGCAUUUGGGAACGCAAAGACAGCCCACAAUAACAACUCGAGUCGCUUUGGCAAGUUCAUUCAGGUGAACUACCAGGAGAGUGGCACUGUGAGAGGAGCAUAUGUGGAGAAAUACCUCCUAGAGAAGUCAAGGCUGGUCUAUCAGGAGCACAACGAGCGGAACUACCAUGUGUUUUACUACCUGCUGGCAGGAGCAAGCGAAGAAGAGAGGACAGCCUAUCACCUCAAGAAGCCUGAAGAAUACCAUUACCUCACUCAGAUGACAAAGACAACCCACCAACCGCACUGGGACAGUUACUGUGAGAGUGAACCGGACUGCUUCACUGUUGAAGGAGAGGACCUGAAGCAUGACUUUGAGAGGCUUCAGCUGGCCAUGGAGAUGGUGGGCUUUCUUCCUGCCACACGCAAACAGAUCUUCUCCCUGCUGUCGGCCAUCCUUCACCUGGGCAACAUCUGCUACAAGAGGAAAACCUACAGGGACGACUCAAUAGACAUCUGUAACCCAGAGGUGCUGCCUGUCGUCUCAGAACUGCUGGAGGUCAAAGAGGAGAUGCUGUUCGAAGCUCUGACGACACGGAAGACGGUUACUGUGGGAGAGAAGCUGAUUGUUCCCUACAAACUUGCCGAGGCUGGCACUGUGCGAGACUCCAUGGCAAAGUCCCUGUACAGUGCUCUCUUCGACUGGAUUGUCUUCAGGAUCAACCAUGCUCUGCUCAAUAUCAAGGACCUGGAGGACACCACCAAGAUCUUGUCCAUCGGCGUUCUUGACAUUUUUGGUUUUGAAGACUACGAGAACAACAGCUUCGAACAAUUCUGCAUCAACUUUGCCAACGAACGUCUCCAGCACUACUUCAACCAGCACAUCUUCAAGCUUGAGCAAGAGGAAUACAGGGCAGAGGGCAUCAGCUGGCGAAACAUCGACUACAUUGACAACACAGGCUGCAUCAACCUAAUCAGCAAGAAGCCCACAGCGCUGUUCCACCUACUGGACGAGGAGUGCAAUUUCCCUCAAGCUACCAACCAGACUUUGUUGGAUAAGUUCAAGCGGCAGCAUGAGGGGAACAGCUACAUCGACUUCCCUGCUGUCAUGGAGCCCGCCUUCAUCAUCCGACACUAUGCUGGCAAGGUCAAGUACGGUGUCAAGGAUUUCAGGGAGAAGAACACAGACCACAUGCGCCCUGACAUUGUGGCUUUACUGAAGAGCAGCAAGAACGCCUUCAUCUGCGGGCUGAUCGGCAUCGACCCCUCAGCCACUUUCCGCUGGGCAGUGCUCCGAGCCUACUUCAGAGCCCUGGUGGCUUUCAGACAGGCUGGGAAGAGACAUACGCAAAAGAAGACUGGGCAUGAUGACGCUGCUCCCUGUGCAGUUUUGAAAAGUGUGGAUAGUUUUAGCUUUCUGCAGCAUCCUGUGCAUCAGAGAAGCUUAGAGAUCCUGCAGAGAUGCAAAGAGGAGAAGUACACUCCAGAUGAGAGUGAAAAUCUUGUACAAAGUGAUGAAACUGAAAACGGUGUGGCCAGAAAGAGUCCACGUACACCACUGUCAGACCUUCAGGGAAGCAACACCAUCAAUGAGAAGUCACCUCGUGGUUCUCCCGGCCUCGGCUGGAACGGACGUGUGGGUCGACAUAGCCGCUUAUCAUCCAGCAGCUCCACCACAGAAGAAGACGGCAUCUUUGUCAACUCGACCAGCAGCAAACUCCUUGAGCGAGCACACGACAUCCUCAUGAGGAACAAAAACUACAAAUCUAAGCCAGUUCUUCCGAAGCAUUUACUGAAUGUCAAGUCACUGAAGUACCUCAGCAACCUGACGCUUCACGACCGCAUCACCAAGUCACUGCUUCACCUCCACAAGAAGAAGAAACCACCCAGUAUCAGCGCACAGUUUCAGGCCUCUCUCAAUAAGCUAAUGGAGACUCUGGGUCAGUCUGAGCCUUAUUUUGUCAAGUGCAUCCGUUCCAAUGCUGAGAAGCUGCCCCUACGGUUCAACGAUAGCCUGGUUCUGAGGCAGCUGCGUUACACCGGUAUGCUGGAGACUGUGCGCAUUCGGCAGUCAGGCUACAACAUCAAGUACAGCUUUAAGGAUUUUGUUCAUCACUUCUGUGUGCUGCUUCCGGAGGGCACCAGUGCCACCAGAGAAGGCAUCCAGCAAUGUCUGGACCAGCUAGACCUAGAACCAGAUGGCUACCAAGUGGGAAAAACAAUGGUGUUUCUGCGGGAGGCUGAGCGUCAGCGGCUGCAGGCCUUACUCCACAGGGAAGUUCUCAGACUCAUCGUCAUGCUGCAGCGGCGAUUCAGAGCCCGGCUGGAGAGGAAGCAGUUUGUCAGGAUGAGAGGAGCAGCGAUCUGCAUCCAGAAAUGGUGGCGUUUGUACCAGUCCAUAGAAGAGGAGGAGGAGGAGGGUUAUGACCCUCAUGUCCAGGAGGGGGCAGCUUUGUGUUUACAGACACACUGGAGAGGUUACAAGGAGCGCCGGAGGUUCAGGGUGUGGAGAGAGGCUGCUCUGGUGCUGCAGAGGGCAUGGAGAUUAUGGCUCCAUCGGCGCUGCACAGCAGCUCUGGUUAUUCAGACAGCCUGGCGCUGUCAUCAAGCCAGAGAAGCCUACUUGCGUCUGUAUUGCGCUGUGGUACAACUACAGGCAAUUAUCAGAGGCUACUUUGCCAGGCAGAGCUUCAGGAAACUGAAAGAAGAGAGGCUGAGGGAGAAGAAGGAGCAGCAGGAGAAGCUGCUUCAACUACAGAAUGGCCAGGUGAGUCUCUCACCAGAAGAAGAGGAGGAGUCUCAUGAGAGAAUCAUGGGGUUGAACCUCAGCACGUGGGAGGAUCGUUCCUACGAGCAACGAGAAAGGAGCCUCCAAAUCCUCAGCAGCCAAGAGGGUGCAGUCAGGGAGGACGCAGAAGGGAGAGAAGAUGCUAGGACAAAAGCGCUAACUGAAGCACCAGCCUCAAUCCUGACACCCACCGUGGUGGUGCGAGAGAGGGCCAGAACUAUAGAUGAGCCCAGCCAGAAAACCACUCGGGCCAAGAGAGAGAGCCGGAGAAUGCGAGAGUUGGAGCAGGCCAAGUUCAGCCUGGAGCUCCUCAAGGUCCGAGCCACCAGCGGAGCCUCGUCCCCAUCUGAGGAACGACGUUGGUCUGUCGAGCUGGUGCCCCCUGCAACCCCACCUCUUCGUUCACCCCAGGGCACGCCUGACAGCCAGAGCUCCAAGGGCAGCUUUGAGCUUCUUAGUAUGGAUGACGAGCCACCCAAGGCUACAGAAGAGGUGAUGGACAGUGAGGACCCCGGCUCCCCUCUUCCUUCAAUAUCUCCAGUACCUGAGCCUCAUGUGGAGGUUGUUUCAACAAACCUGAAGCCAGAUGAACCACACGGGACAGGGGUUUCUGAUGCUGUUGCCCAGCCAUGCAGCCAGGGCCAGACCAAAACGGACCCGGCAGCCUCCACGGCCCCCACACAUCCGCCCAAAAUCGAGAACUACCUCCCUACCUUUUACGUCCCUGCUAGUGAGGGCAGCACAGUCAUCUCCCAUCGUCCUGCUGAAGAGCCUCAACCGAACACAGACGCAGCCAUCUCCACAGCCACCCCCAUUGUUACCAAACCUCUCAGAGAACGGCGAGAGUCAACACGUCGGCCGGUGGUGGUGGUCAUCAGUAUGCAGAAAGAAACACCACUAAGCGAAGAGCUGAGUGAUAUUGUCCGUCCCCCUGUGGAGGUUCGAGAUUCUGCAGCACAGACAGGGGAGUUGACACCAUCACCACAAAAGCCAGGCCCAGCAACUGCGCCUCAAGGUCCCGUCCCCGUUUCUACCUCUGUCCCUCAGGCUGACCAGGCUGUCAUUGAGAAACUGGUGCGACUGAACGAGGAGAAAGAGGAGAGGCAGCGUAAUCAGCAACAGCAGAAUGAAAAGGAGAUGAUGGAGCAGAUAAGACAACAGAAAGAAGUGCUGGAGCGGCAGCGCCUUUUCUUCGCUCAGUAUGAGAGAGACAUGUUUGAGAAACAAAGAGGCGAGGCUCUGCACAGGAUACAGCAGAGUCGACAGGGUGGACAAGAUGUUACUGGAACUGCAACCUCCAGCAAGCCCCUUAGACCCAGUUCCCUGCUGAUUGAGAGAACAGCAGGGCUAGCUCCUCAUGCCAGGACACGGUCAGACUCCACUGCUCCUUCAGUUCACUCUCCCCCGGGUGUAGACAUACAAGGCAGUGCCCCUCAGCCCCAGCUGCCUCCUCCGCCUGCUUCUGCUCCCAGAGAAAGACACUUGGAGAGCAGACCUGUAGCUGAGGGCUGGGCACCCAAGCUCACACUAGAGUCCAGAGAUGCAGGAGGAACCAGAGUGAGAACAGCUGCCAAGAAGCCACCAAGUAAUCAAGGCACCACAGUUAGUAUGACGGAUAAGCCCGGCAACAUCUUCUUUUCUCCAAAGGACAAAGUGACAUUUGCGAAGUUUGACAGAGAUGCUGUUGCUGAACAAACACCAGUGGCCAUUCCCAGAGAAGGACCCACACCAGUCUCCAAACCUUCGAAAGGAACGAAAGCACGGGAUGUUGGCAGAGUGGGCCAAAAAAAGAAAGCCAGAAUGGCACGGACCCGCUCCGACUUCCUCACCCGCGCCCCUAUCCUCUCACACGGGGGUGAUUCAGACGAGGAUGACUAUGAUGCCGACAGCCCCCGUCAUUACACUCUACCCCUCUCCAAACAGAGCUCCACGGAGGCAGGCUUACGAGAGUCCUGUUUCAGUGACUCAGAUAUGCCUGCAAGCUCCGAAGAACAAAAGAAGAUGCACAAAGCCAUGUCGUCAGGAGAUUUGGGCAAAGUAGACUCAAUGCGCAAGAACUCACAAGAUGGAAGGGUUCGUGGUAAGAUGCGUUUCUGGACUAAGACCAAGUACGGGGAUAAGAAGACAUCCAGAGAAAAACUGAUCUGUGGGGCUGAUUCCCUGGAUGGAGACUAUGGAGACACAGGGCCAUUGCUGGGAGAGGCAGGUCAAGAAAACAUGUCGCCCCCCUGCAGUCCUGAUCUGACGUUGGAUCGAGGGUUCAGAGACUUGAAGGAGAACAAGGAGCCAUCUCCCAAGGUGAAGCGAAGGCGCAGUGUUAAGAUCAGCAGUGUGGCUCUGGAACCUGCUCAGUGGCAGAACGACGCGCUGCAGAUUCUCACCUGCACCAACGACUACAGGAGCAUGAACGACUUCCUGAUGAAGAAGAUCAAUGACUUGGACACAGAGGACAGUAAGAAGGACACCAUGGUGGACGUUGUGUUUAAAAAGGCUUUGAAGGAAUUCCGUCUUAACAUCUUCAACUCUUACUCCACUGCACUUGCGAUGGAUGAUGGUAAGAGCAUCCGCUACAAAGACCUCUACGCUCUGUUUGAGCACAUUUUGGAAAAGACCAUGCGACAGGAGCAGAGGGACUGGAGCGAGUCCCCUGUCAAAGUGUGGGUCAACACCUUUAAAGUUUUCCUGGAUGAGUUCAUGACUGAGUAUAAACCUCUGGACAGCACCAUCACCAAGCAGGCACCUAAACCUGAACGCAAAAAACGGAGGAAAAAGGACACUGACAUUGUGGAGGAGCAUAACGGCCACAUCUUCAAGUCCACCCAGUACAGCAUCCCUACAUACUGUGAAUACUGCUCAUCGCUCAUCUGGAUGAUGGACCGUGCCUGCGUGUGCAAAUUGUGCCGCUACGCCUGCCACAGAAAGUGCUGCCAGAAGACAACCACUAAAUGCAGUAAGAAGUUCGAUCCAGAGCUUUCCUCCAGACAGUUUGGAGUGGAAGUUUCUCGUCUGACUAAUGAUGAGAGAACAGUGCCCCUGGUAGUGGAGAAGCUUAUCAACUACAUCGAGAUGCAUGGCCUCUACACUGAGGGAAUAUACAGAAAGUCCGGCUCUACCAACAAAAUUAAGGAACUUAAGCAGGGACUCGACACAGAUGUGGAGAGCAUGAAUCUGGAUGACUACAACAUCCAUGUUAUUGCUAGUGUUUUCAAGCAGUGGCUGAGAGACCUGCCUAAUCCUCUCAUGACAUUUGAGCUGUAUGAGGAGUUUAUACGUGCCAUGGGUUUGCAGGAUAAAAAGGAAAUGAUCAGAGGGGUGUAUUCAGUUAUUGACCAGCUAAGCAGAACUCACCUAAACACCCUGGAACGCCUCAUAUUUCAUCUUGUCAGGGUCGCCUUGCAAGAGGAGACAAACCGUAUGUCAGCUAAUGCCUUGGCUAUAGUUUUUGCUCCCUGUAUCCUGCGCUGUCCUGACACCACCGAUCCACUUCAGAGUGUCCAAGAUAUCAGCAAGACAACUGCGUGUGUAGAACUUAUCAUCUGUGAACAGAUGAAUAAGUACAAGGUACGACUAAAGGACAUCAAUACCCUGGAGUUUGCUGAAAAUAAAGCCAAGUGCAGACUGACCCUCAUCCGACGUUCAAUGGGAAAAGGCCACAUACAGCGACUAAGCUACCACACGCCCUCACCUCCAGUUAGUCCCCGGCUGCCGUCUGUAGCCAGCACUGUGGUAGAGGAGAGUGGUGGUGAAGAGGGAGCGGAGUCGUUUACUGAAAUCUCAGAGCAUCAGCAGGCAGCCAUGCAGCAGGAAGAGAGAGUGUUGACAGAGCAAAUUGAGAGCCUGCAAAAAGAGAAAGAGGAGUUGACUUUUGAGAUGCUAACUCUGGAGCCGCGAGCAUCAGAUGAUGAGACCCUGGAGUCAGAGGCCUCUAUCGGUACAGCUGACAGCUCUGAAAACCUCAAUGUUGACUCUGAGGGAACCAUUUCUGACUUCUCUGAAAGAGGUCAAGUAUUGACUUCCCCUUGGCCUCGGAGAUCUGACGGGAAGAGCCCCCGACGCCGCGCUCUCCACCGGCAGCCUGACUCUCUGGACUCUGUUGACUCUUGCUCCACUGUUUCCUCCUACUCAUCCUCAUCACACUUCCACCCGUCGUCCUCUUCCUCCUCUGCCACUACCCGGCGCUUUCGAUUCCACUCCAAGUCUCCCUCCCUAGGCUCAGGUCCAGCUCAGGCCCAGGCCCAGGCCCAGGCUCUGAAUGCAUCUCAAGCCUCCCGAUCCGACAACAUAGACGGUAGCACUACAGGAGAUCAGGAGGGUGCGUAUGACGAAAGGCCCCUGUUUACCAGCCGAGGCACCUUCAACCCUGAGAAGGGCAAACAGAAACUUAAGGGAGCCAAGCAUUCAACCCUGGGGCACUCCAGAGAUGGCCGUGGCCAUGGCAGGGACCCUCCAGACAUACCGCAGCAGCUGGUAUUGUAUGGCAGCAAUGAAUUCAUGGUAUGAAGGACAUGAAUCCCUGAGGGACACCAAAGCACUCCCUAUCCAACUCCCUGGCAGGCAUAUAUGGGAGGUAAAAUGGUGGCGACUGAUCUCCACUUCUCAAAGCACUCUUGCUUAGCCUUUCUUUGUUGAAAUCUGCAAAGAAGUGUCCCCAAGUGCCGUGUAUAGUGUUUCCACCUCCAAAGGGGGGAGAUGUUUAGCAGAGGGACAGGAAUCAGUGGAAGGGCUCCUCUUCUGUAGACUAAACUGCCACCCAUGCUCUCACAGUGCCUUGGCAGCACUUUACUCAGCGCCAAGAGGAGACACACUGAGCAGGAGGACAGAGAAAAGGGAACGUUGGAAUUUGAGAAAGACCUCUCAGCAUCAGGGAAUGUUCCGGAGCCGGAAAGCUGAAGCAGUGUACAACAACAAAUAAGAAGAAAUCAGGCUACGUGAGGCAUCACAGAUGUUACAGUGAAAUUAAAGCUCUCCAUCAUUAGCUGCUUUAUGAGUUUACAGUUCAUAACAAUGAGUGUAAGCAGUGGUUGCUCUGUUAUUACAAAUUUAUUUUUCCCUUAUUUAAUAAAUCACAGAAAUUCUUUAUAGCAUAUAAUAUACAGGUAUAAAUACUGUACAAAGCCGGAACACCAGCCUCUGCUGGGUAGCUGAAGUCUAAUAUUUAUCUUUUUUUUUUUUUUUGAGUAUCUUUGACAGAGAUGUAUGGAUUUGGGCAGUGGAUGAUUUAUGUGCAUGUGUGCUUGUGUGUGUGUGUGCUUGUGUGUGUGUGUGCGUGCGUGCGUGCGUGCGUGCGUGCGUGCGUGCGUGCGUGCGUGCGUGUGCGAAUGAGUGUGAGUGUGUGUGCUCAUGCUUGACUGUAUGUAUGUGUGAGAGAGAAAACCACUUCAUGUGUUUUAAGUUUGUGCUGCUUUUUUCCCUUAACAAGGGAAAUACCGCCAUCAAAGGGACCAAGUCAGCUGGUGUAUUCCAGCCAAGGGGAUCCCAGCUCUGUAAAGAAUGUCGGAUGUGUAUAAAAUCCAUACAUUCACUGCUUAACAGCCAUACAACAAUUGUAAUGUACAGUACAGUUCAUAUGUACAGUAUAGUGUACAAAUGUCAUUCUAUUCUUGAAAUCUAUUGUUACACCCCCCCCCAACCCUUCCACACCUCCCCCCCAAGUGUUUGCUCAAUAGCAACCAAGCAAAAACAUAAAAUCAUGAUGUCU